GAGACGUCAGACCCGGAAGUGAAGCGUCUGUCAUUGCAGUGUUUUCUUGGAUGGUUUGUUUUUCAGUAGAAAUGGAUGAUGUUUUUGGCUGUUACUGUAUCGCCAAUUGGACUAUGAAAUGUCUCACUUGUCCUCAGCGGGAAAAGAAGCAAUCCACUUUCCUCUCGUGUACAGGAAACUACAGCAACUGCCACCGAGCCUAAGUUAAAGUAACGCCACGAACUUGUAGUGAAAUAGGCUCCUGUAGCUUUUUAAAUGUAGCAUAAAUCCAGGUAGACGCUUUUUAGGUGGAAUCCCCACCAUAAAGCCGUGCAUGUUUACAUGGAGAUCACACAGUUACACAGUGAGUUUGGAGUUAUCCUGUUCUGACGAUUUUUGGAUUCUGUAGUACAAGACAGGCACAUGUGGACCAAUUCACCUCCUGGAGUUAGCAGCCGUUUUACACGAUGACCAUGAUGGCAUUUGGAGCAAGGGCAGUUAUUCUCAACCUGAGAUACACUUUGAGUAAAGCAGGCUCCUUUGCCAGAGUCAGACUCACUCAGAACUCCAGGGCAUGUUUUGGUAAAAGAGGGCAGUUUUUAAACCAGAUACCUAAGGUUACAUUGCUAUGUUGGGGUGCAGUGAAUGCAACAUCGUGUGCAGUCAGGUGCCAGGAAGCCACUCUACCAUCCCAGAGAGCUGAGAAAAAGUCUGUAGCCAAAGUGCAAGUGCACAAAGUUAUAUUUUUAAUUCGCCUCAGCUUCCGUGCAUUGAUCCUGAUCCUCAAAUUUGCCCCCCUGCUCCUCCUCUCCCCCUUGGCUCUGGUGUCCAGUCGCUGGGCAUCUCGCUGGUUGGAUGCUUUGCUGUGGGUAACUGAGACCUCAGGUCCUACCUUCAUCAAGCUGGGGCAGUGGGCCAGCACCAGACGGGACAUCUUCUCUCAGGAGUUUUGUGAACGCUUCUCCAGGCUCCAUGUCAAGGUGCGCCCUCACUCCUGGGCCCACACUAAGCAGUGUCUCCAGAGGGCCUUUGGAGAAGGCUGGAGGAGGGUUUUAAUCUUUGAGAGCAAAGAGCCAGUUGGCUCCGGAUGUGUGGCCCAGGUGUAUAGGGGUUGGGCUAAGGCAGACCACGUGGAAGAUCCAGCCUUCCAGUCGCUGGUGGAGGAGAUGGAGAGAGAAGACUUGCUGGAGGCCUGGGAGAUCCCUGGUUUUAGAGGAGUGGUCAGCUCCCUCCGGCAGCUCUUGAGGGGGAGUAGGGAAGAGGAGGGCUACGAGGAGAGAGGUCACCCAGUUGGUCAGCAUGAGGAGAGCAGCACAGAGAAGCAGCAUCUGAUACCUGUGGCUAUCAAGGUGGUGCAUCCAGGCAUCAGGAGGCAGGUGGAGAUAGACCUGUUGCUGAUGAAAACAGGCACUUGGCUUCUGCACUGCCUCCCUGGACUUAAAUGGCUCAGUCUGUAUGAGAUAGUAGAGGAGUUUGAGAAGCUCAUGACCAAACAGAUUGACCUCCGUUUUGAGGCCAGGAACAUCGAGCGUUUCCGGGACAAUUUCCGCGAUGUGGAUUAUGUCAAGUUCCCAACUCCCUUGCGACCAUUUGUCACCAGGACAAUUUUAGUGGAAACUUUUGAAGAGAGUGAGCCCAUUUCAAACUACCUGAGCUCCAAGAUGCCUCAAGAGGUGAAGCAGAGAAUCGCCAGGAUGGGUGUAGACACCCUGCUGAAAAUGGUCUUUGUGGACAACUUCGUCCACGGGGACCUUCAUCCUGGGAACAUUCUGGUCCAGUGUCGGGGGCCUCCAGCUGGUUCCAGUGACAGUUCUGGUAUUGCGGGGGAGCCCCAGGGUAAGACCACCCUCACUGACUUGUGGGACACGGUGGUUGUCAGUGUCAGGCCAGAACCGUGUCCUCUCCAGUUGGUGUUGCUGGACGCCGGCAUCGUGGCUCAGCUCAGUGACCAUGACCUUGCCAACUUCAAGGCUGUCUUCACAGCUGUGGUGCUGCGCCAGGGUGAGCGAGUAGCAGAGUUGAUUUUGCAUCAUGCCCGAGCCAGUGAGUGCCAGGACGUGCCACAGUUUAAGAAGGAGAUGGCUCAGCUGGUGGACCAUGCUCUUAGCAAUACCCUCUCUCUGGGAAAGAUCCAAGUGGGUGACUUGCUCUCCAGAGUCUUUGGUCUGCUCAUCAAACACAAGGUGAAGCUGGAGAGUAAUUUUGCCUCGAUUGUGUUUGCCAUCAUGGUGCUGGAGGGUCUGGGCAGGUCUCUCGAUCCGAACUUGGACAUCUUGGAUUUGGCCAAACCCCUGCUGCUAAAGAACUGUGCCUCGCUGCUCUGAUACAUAUGUAUACACACAGCUGAAGCACAACAGAUCAAGUAUGUUAUAGCUGUAUACAGAAUCAGGUCCAGAGCCACUCUUUAACACAUGUAGCACAAAACAGGAGAUUGGCCAUGUCAGACACAUGCUCACCUACUGGAAAUACUCUGGUUUAGAGGAGGGGGGGGUGCCUGGGUAGAGAGUCAUCAACAUGCCCACUUGCUCACUGUGAAUUCAGUGACAAUGAUUUGCUCUAUUCACACAUCAGCUGGCAGGGUAAAGUCUGUUUAAUGUCCAGUCCAACUGAUUUGGACAUUUGCAUUCUCACAUCCAGCUCCUCAGGGUAAUUUCUAGAUAAGUUCAGGGUUGCAGUGUAUGUGUGAAGUCACUAUAUCUGUGCUUGAUCUGUUGUCUGUGUAGGUGCACACACAGCUGUGCUGUAUUCACAUUGUAAAUCUAAAGGUACAAUACAUGUGUACAUCCUCCUAUGCCAUGAUGAAGGGUGGUCCUCAAGGUUGCAAUGCAAGAUUCCACUCUGGAUCAAAGAUCAGUGUCUCAUCACUACAUUUCAUCAGUUCUGAUGCCAUAAAUACCUCACUGAAUUUUACAUAGGUGGAGAUCUCCACUUUCAUCAUUCUUGAUUUAUCAUCUACUGUCUGGUCGAAUUACGAACAUUUCACACCCUGAAAUCCACUUGAAGGCACCUCUAACAGAGUCUAAUGAAUAAGAGCGUGUAUGCUUUCCAUGAAACACCACUUGUAGUUUAUUGAGUGCUAAUGGAUGAGUCAGACACAUCAGCAGACACACAGAUCACAAUCAGAGACCAUUUGUAGUGAUAUAAGGUAUAAAACAAAAUACUGCAAAAUCCCUAGUUGAUACUUAAAAGCAUAUUUUAACUUUUUAAUGACUAAUAUUGAUCUCAGGAUGUCUUUUAUCACUCCAUCUUUUAUUGCAUCUUAGAUAAUGGUGUCUAAUGAGCCAUAUUUGAUUUAGUAUGAAUCACAAUGUACUGUAACAUUUGUUCUUACACACUACAUUGACAGUGUGAAGCUAAAUGUACUCACUACUGUACUAACUGACCCAUGUCUAUUAACUUUCCAUCAAAGUAGUGGGAACAUGUGUAUGAAUUAUACAUAUCAAUAAUAAAGGGAAUCUAUGCUAACUGA